AUGCAGAUCACUGGGGCACUGCUCCUGUCUCUGGUGCUGAUCCACUGUUGUACCCAGGGUCUAAGCAGGCCCACCUCUGCCUCCUUCCUGAGUAGGCCUCGAGACCCAUCUAAACUGCACUCCAGCAGCAACUCCCAGCUCCAGGUGGCCAGGAGGGACUUCCAGACCAGUGUGGUCUCCAGGGACACUGACACAGCAGCCAACUUUAUUUGCACUGGGGCCACCACAGUUGGUGUGGCUGGAUCCAGGGCUGGCAUUAGAAUGGUGUUUGGCAGCUGGAUUAUUGAUUAUGCCAGGAACCCAUCUCUGAAGCAGCAGCUCUUCUCCUAUGCCAUCCUGGGCUUCACUCUGUCUGAGCCAUGGGGCUCUUCUGUUUGAUGGUCACUUUCCUCAUUUUCACCAUGUGAGUGCCUCAGGGUGGUCCGCUAUGCUUGUUGCUGGGCCCCAAGCUGUACCAUUAAACAACACUUUUCUAAAA